AUGACCUCUAAAAUAGAAGGUGUCUACACCAAGUCCGCCCCAGCUCCACUACCCCAGUUCUCUCAGGCCGUCAAACACAACGGCAUGGUCUACUGCUCUGGUAAUAUUGGCGCGAUUCCCGGAACAAAUUUCGAGCUCAGAGAGACUGUCAAGCAAAGAGCAGCAAGUCAAACAAAAGAGUACCAGCUAGAUUGUCACAAGCUGACCAGAGCAACGCAGCACCAAGCCAUAAAGAACCUCGAGGCUAUCCUCAUUGCGUCGGGCAGCAGCUUAAGGAAUGCCGUCAAGGUGAACAUUUACCUUACAGACAUGAGUAAAUUUGCUCUUGUUAAUGAAGCAUAUGAUGAAUUCUUUACUUGUGAGCCUAAACCUGCAAGGACAUGUGUUGCUGUUUAUGAACUGCCUCUAAAGACUGAUGUCGAGAUAGAAUGCACGGCUUUUAUCGAUACAGACAAGGAGUACAUGGCAUGA